AUGUAUCGUAUCAUGACCCUUGUAUCGCAAUACGUAUCGUAUCGUGACAUGAUUAACGAUACCCGACACUAUAGUAGGCCUACAUUAUAUUUACAGCAAGUAAGUGACCACGGUGAAACGUCCCUGGCAGCACAGCAUAGAAAUCUGGUAUCAGCUUUAACAAAACGCCAGGCUGCGACAUCAUCAGCAUCACCUGGUUCGUCUGAUUCACCCCCUUCACCUCAGUUUAUUGUCUGUGGAUGGUGCCAGAAACCGGGAUUAAAACUGUUUACCCUAAAAACAUCUUCUGGAACCAAACCAUUCUGUAGUGAACUUUGUUUUACACAAUGUCGACGGGCAUCUUUUAAGAAAAAUAAAAUUUGUGAUUGGUGUAAACAUGUACGCCAUACUGUGAAUUAUGUUGAAUACGUUGACGGUGAAAUCCAAUUCCAAUUCUGUAGUGAAAAGUGUCUCAGCCAGUACAAAAUGAACAUAUUUUGUCGUGAAACUCAAGAACAUUUGAACAAGAUUAAGAGCAGUGAUUCGGAAGAGAACAAUAACUGUGAUUCAAAGGAAAAGAAAAUCUUGAUUACACCUGAUUUAUGGUUACAGGAACAGAGUGAUAACAGGAAGGAAUUUAAAGAUUUGUGUGAUUCUGGUGAUGAUAAAGAUAUUCCAAGAAAGAGUGGUCUUUCGGACAGAAGUAGUACUAGAACAAAAUCAGAAACUAACCACAGACACCAGAUAAGGACACAUCAGUCAAGGUCUAAUGCUGAGACAAAAUAUCUGUCAGACUCACCCCUUAAGAAGAGUCGGACUCAACAUGAUUCCAAAGAAGCUCAGAGAUCAAAGAGUCCUCCGAAAACCUCCCCAAAACCAACACCUAUACCGGGUUUACCUACGGGUCCUUUUCUACCCCCAUGGAUUCCACCACAUUUAAUGAGUGGUUUUGGUCACGGAAUGAUGAACCAUCCAUUUUUAUAUGGUAUGCCACCGUUUGGUCAACCAUUUCCAAUGUCUGGUUCGUCUGAUAAUAGAUCCGAAAGUAGAGGUCCGUCGACACCACACGGCCAGAAUUCAUUGUCACCAAGUACGUCAGUUUGUUCAUCUGAUAGUCAGUCAGCUUCCCAAAACCUUGGAUUGAGUUCGACUCCAAGAAAUAACGCUCCACCGCCACCACUACUGCCAGUUGGUUAUCCCCCUCUACCUUUCCCUCACCUCAAUCCGGGCGAAAAUCCCUUUGGUGCCGGAGUCUUUCCUUUGCCACCACAACACCCAUUGUUGUCUAAUCCAGUGAUGCCGUCUGGGACACCACCAGUGACGGUAAUGGUUCCAUUUCCGGUGGUAUUACCAGUGCCGGUUCCUAUACCGCUACCGUUGCCCAUCACUGCCGAGAAAUUAGAGAAAUUCUUCAAGGAGAAAGCAGAUGAAGAAAAGCAGACAAAGGUGCAAAGUCCAAUAAUGCUGAGUAGGGAUCGUCUUGAAAAUAAUAGAUCUAAAUCAGCAGAACCAAGUAGAGCAUCGUCAAUAAAUAAAAAGGAGCGUCACCAAGACGAUUGUCUUCAGUGUGCGACAUGUACAUCUGAUUCAACACGAACACAUAGCAGAAAUUCGGUUGACAUUGGACAAGCUGCCCAGAUCAACUCAAUUCGUGAUAUUUAUUCACACAGCGUUAAACGGUCAUUAACUCAAAAUGUGUCUCCAACCAACUUCACGCUGAAGAAACCUAAACUAGAAAUGAGGAGUGACACAGACGGGGCUAUAGAUCUUUCCAAGGACAGCAUGCGUAAUUUCACUGGGAAAGAAAAUCGCGAGGUAUCAGUUAAAAGUGAAGAUAUCAAACAUAUUUCGGACAAAGUAGAAAAUGAAUAUAUGUUAAAAGUUCCAAAAAUUCACAUUGUAAGUAAUGAAAACUCUUCGAAUGUGGAGCCAGUGUUACCGCUUCCGCCAUCCGAUACAAACUACUCUAGUAGACGCAGUCUCAUUCUUGAUGCUCCCAAUGUACCGAAGAGGGAGCAAAGUCCGUCCCCAGAAAGGCGCUAUGUUAGAACUGUAUCAAGAGACAUGGUGGAAGCAGCGAGAAGAAGAUGUCUCAGAGCCAGAGUCAAAACUAAAUAG